GAAAAAUAGAAGUCUAUGAUUUUUUUUACUUUAAAACAUAUUCGCUUUCUUGUAUUUUGAAUUCAGUCGUAAAACAACUAUUCUAUAAACAACCCCGCAUACAUAAAUUUAUACGAUUAGAUUGUAGAUCAUAAUUAAACUGGAAAAUUUUAUUCAAUUUUUUUUUUUGGAGUUAUGCACCAAUUUUCGUUUAUUUUAAAUUUUUAAAUAAAAAAUUAAAAAUAGUUUGCGAAUUUUAUUUUGAUAAUUUUUAAUUCUAGGUUAAUUUUGAUAUUAAAAAGUUUUUAAUAGUUUUUAUGCCAAAAAAUUAGUGAAAAGUGAAUAUUAUUUAAUUUGGUGGCAGUGUUGGUGCAUAAUGGAAAUAAUGGAAUAAUGCCAAAUAUUUCUCUUUAAAUCAGCUGAUUUUUAUUUUUGAUCGUUUGCGUUCUUCGACAGAAAAUCAAAAAAAAAAAUAAAUAAAAUAAAAUUGAACUGCAAUAAUUCUAUAUAAAAUUAACAAUAAUUAUAAAUAAUGAUGAAAAUAUGAGUGGAAAUGAUUACAAACGUUUAAAACAAGAAGAAGACGAGGAGGAAGAGGAUAGUGUAUUUGAUCCAUUAUUAAAAUUAGAAAACGGUAAUGUUAAUAAUCACAAUAAUAAUGAAAUAGAUAAUAAUAAUAAAUAUGAUAUAAAAUCAAAUAUUAAUUCAAUUAAAAAUCGAAUAUUAAGAAUAACAUUAUCAACAUCAAAAUCAUCGAAAUAUUCAUCAACAUUACCACCAUCUUCAAUUAUUUUAACAAAUAAUAACAAUAAUAAUAGUAACAGUCAUAAUAAUAACAAUAAUAGUAAUCAUAAUAUUAGUAAUAAUCAUCGUCAAAUAUUAUCAUCAAAUAGCAGUGAUUCUAUUACAGAUAGUGAAAGUAGUAUUGAUAUAAAAAUCAAAUCAAAUAGAAAAUGCCAAAAACAACAAUCACAAGAACAACAACAUCAACAAAUUUUGGAUAUUCAACAAUCAACAAAAAUUGUACGUAAUAAACGUUGUGAUAAUAGUACAACAGAUAAAAAAUUAAAUUUAAGUGAAAAUUUAAGUCAUCUGACCAAGAAAAAACGACUUAUUGUAUUCUUAGUUUUCGUUAUACUCAUAUUUUGUUUUAAUUCAUCAACAAUAAUGACGUGGACAACAACAGAAAAAAUCCCAGUAUUGCAUAAUUCUCAUGUGCCAGGAAUGAAAGUUAUUAAUUUUUCUCGAGUAUUAAAAUCAAAAAAUAAUUUUAAUUUUAAAAGUAAUUCUUCACUUUGUGUCACGGAUAAUACGGAUUCACCAUCAGUAUCGAAUUUAAAUAAAAUCUCAAAUAAUGAGAAUGAUUUUUCAAAUAAUGUACUUAUUGCAUCAUCUCCAGCAUUAUUAAUUUUAGAAAAUAAUUCCAUAGAGUCUAGUUCUGAAAAUUCAAUUAUUUUAAUGAAUAAUAGUUCAAAUAUUAUUAAUGAUAACAAUAAAAUUCCAAAUAUUAUUAGAAAUAUAAAUUUUAAUUUUAGUAGUAUUAAUGACACAAUAUAUGAAAGCAGUAUUAUUACAAAUACUAUUAAUAAUGACAAUAAAAAUAUAAAUAAUAAUAAUAUUAAUAAUAGUAAGAGUAAUUAUAAUAAUGAAAUUGAAAAUAUUAAAAUUGCUAAUAAAAAUGCAAACAAAAAAAAUGUUGCGAAUACGCUUAAUACUACUGUUACUACUGCUAAUACUACUAGCAAUUCUACUACUUCUACUACUACUACUACUACUAGUAAAUCAUUGAUGUUUGUUCCUCCUCCUCCAUCAGGGUAUCUUGUUUGGAGUGAUAAAUGUAAAAUGCCAAAUUUGGAUCCAUAUUCACCAGAAGUUAUGAAAUAUUUCAAAAGAGAAAGCUAUGAAGAAUGUUCAAAAGAUCAACCAUUGACUAGCGUUAAAUUUAAUACAACAACAAAUCGUUAUAUGCUUAUAUUAGAUGAAAAUUUACGAUAUAAAUUUACAAGAUAUGGUAAUCAAUUAAGUUGUUGUUAUCAAGUAAUUGAAAGAAAUUCAACUGGUAAAAAGGCUGAUACAAAUACCAUAUUAAGUGCUUGUUUAAGUUUUUCGAAAACGGUGCAACUUCCACAAACUACAGAUAAUAUCUUAGUAAAAUGUAAGAGUGGAAAAAAACAAACGUAUAUUCAUGGACAUGCUAUGAUGCCUGAACGUCCGGAGAUUCGUGAAAGAAUUGAUAGUUGGAAAGCUAAUGAUACAGCAAAACCUAUAAGUGUUCUAUUAUUGGGUGUAGAUAGCAUUUCUAGAAUAAAUUUAAUUCGAGCCAUGCCAAAAACCGCUCAAUAUCUUUAUGAUAAUGAAUGGUUUGAAUUAAGCGGUUACAAUAAGAUGGAUGAUAAUACAUUUCCAAAUUUAAUGGCAAUACUUACUGGUUACAAUUAUACAACUGGAUAUCACAUUUGUAAACCAAUUACUGUAGGCAAAUUAGAUAAAUGCCCAAUGAUUUGGAAGACAUUUCGUGAUCUUGGUUAUGUAACAGCAUAUGGUGAAGAUGAAACUAGUAUUAGUACAUUUAACUAUGCUAAAGUUGGUUUUGAAAAACCACCAACAGAUUAUUAUUUAAGACCAUUCCUUAUUCAAGCAGAACAUAAUUUUCAUAAACGUUUAAAAAGUGGAUUAACAUUUUGUUUAGGUUAUCAACACUCAGCUGAUUAUGUAUAUGAUUAUGCCUUAGAAUUAGCUACAAGAUAUAAAGAUGAUCCAUAUUUUGGUUUAUUUUGGGCGAAUACAUUUAGUCAUAAUUCAAUAAGUGAUUGUUCUUCAAUGGAUUUGAAAAUGGUUCAAUAUUUAGAGAAAUUUUCUGAUCGUGGAAUAUUAAAUAGCAGUGUUAUUGUAUUUUUUAGUGAUCAUGGUAUGCGUUUUGGUCCAACACGAAAAUUAUUAUCUGGGCAUUAUGAAGAACGAUUACCAUUCAUAUUUAUAUGGUUACCACCUUGGUUAAAAACAAAACAUCCUGAAUUAGUAAAUGCUUUAAGUGUAAAUAAAAAUCGUUUAACAAAUCCAUUUGAUUUACAUAUGACACUAAAGCAUAUUUUAGAAUUAUCUGGUAGAGUAAAAAAUUUACCAAAAGCACCAGAUUGUCAAAAUUGUCAAACAUUAUUUAAACCAGUGCCACAAAGUCGAUCUUGUGAUGAAAUAUCAAUAGAAGAUCAUUGGUGUACAUGUAUACCGUAUCAAAGUAUAUAUAAGAAAUCUACUCUAGUCAAAAAAGUUUCAAUAUUUGCAAUCGAUUAUAUUAAUAAUUAUAUUGGAGCAUGGAAAAAUGGUUCAAUUGAACACUUAUGCGCCAAAUUACAUUUACAUGAUGUUAUUGCAUCAUAUAGAGCUCUAUUAAUUGGUGAUAUAUAUCCACCAAAUUUAGAAAGUUAUAGAAUUGUUUUUACAACAAAUCCAGGUGGUGGAAUGUUUGAAGCAACAAUAAGACGGUUUUCUGAUAACGAUACAUUAGAAGUUACUGGCAGUAUAAGCCGUUUAAAUAUUUAUGCAAGUGAAUCAAAAUGUGUACCAGAUGCUGGUAUAAAAAAAUAUUGCCAUUGUACAAAGCAUCCAUCAAGUCGGGCUGCUGUUAGAUCCCCGGCUGGUUAAAUUAGUUAUAAAAGCUAUAUUGUACUACUUAUUAAAAUUAUAGAUUUAUACAUUUACAAAUAAAAAAUAAAAGUGUAUAAAAUAAAAAUGUUGUAAAUCUUGCAGCCAAUUAUAAUUUUCAAUUUAUUUAAUUAAUAAUAUAAUAUAUAUAUAUAUGUAUAUAUAUUUGUUUUCGAGAAAGAUUUAAGUUUAAAUGCACAACAGAAAAAAAUAUUUGAAUUUGUUUAAUUUUCAAGAUUUACCAUUUUUAAUUAAAAUGUAGUAGAUAUACAUAAUAAAAAUUUUCUAUUUUUCAUGUAGUUUUUUUUAUAAGUGUUCCUAUAGAAACUAACAAAAAAAAAAAUAAAACUAAUAUUAAUAAAAUAUUAGAAGAAAAUCAAAUAAAGAAAAAAACAUAAUGAAUAUAAUUGAAAUAAACAAAAAUGUUAAAUAUUUAUUUAAUUAAUGUUGUAAAAUUUUAAAAUGUAUAUAAUUAUUAUUAAUUAUAGUUGACAAUAUCUCUAUUAUUAAAAUAUUUAAAGCUUAAAAAUUAAUUUAAUUUUUUUUUUGUUUAAAAUAGAGUGCACUAUUUUUUGUAUUUUAUUUUUAACUUAAUACAUAUUACAAAUUCAAAAUGUUUUAAAAUAAAAUAAUUCUUAAACUCUUAACAUUUUUCUAUAUAUGAAAAAAAAACAGCUAAAUAUUAUUUUUAAAUUUUAAAAUAAACUUUUCUUUAUUAAACAU